AUAUUUGGAAGAACAUAGAAGAGAGGAAGGUGAAGGUGUAUCUCUUUAAAGUAGCUUAUUAAAUUUUGUUAUUGCUCAUAUUCUUCGUUUAAUAGUUCAAUUUGCAAGACAAUGUGAACUUUAAUUGGAAUCCUACAAGAUCGAAUUUACAGAAGCAAAUUUUAUAAAAGUUAUCUUUGUUGGUGAAGUUUUGUUCAAGUACCUAUUGAGAUGCAAGAUAAUGAUCAUUUAUGUUAAUCUAUGUCACUAUGAGAGUAAUAUGUUCUAGGGUGCUUAGUCUAUACAUUGCUAACAUGUUGCACCUUUAGUGUUCCUUUGUUCUUUUUAGCAUUUGAUGUAAACAUCUUGAUACAUCCCUUGUAUAGCUAUGGUGUAUUCAAUAUCCUAAUAAUUAACAGUUUAUUAGUGGUAAUUCGGUUUAAGUUUGAUUUGAGCGAAUAAUUCGAUUCGAAUCGGUCUGGAUGAAAAAUUAAGUCGGCACAAACUGCCCCUCAAUUUAUUUCUCUUCCCUGAUUCUCCACAGAAACCCUAGAGCUGUAAUCUCUAAAACUCUAGAAUUCGAAAUUCAUAUCCGCAGAAGAAAGAGAGGGGGAGGGGAAAAUGACGCAGAAGGGAAAUCUCUUCAAAGGGCAGAAGAAAAACAAAUCAAUUCCUCUCAAUCGGCAUGGCAAAAUCACCCAUACGCGAAAGGGGAAGAAAGUGGCGAAGCCAUCAAAGGUCACCAAAGAGAUGGAUGCCGAUAGGGUCAUGAAUUCUAAAAUUUCUGUAGCUUUCAAAAAUGUUAUGAUCCGGGUGCAUUGGGUUUAUAACACCUUGAGCAUCCUCCUGAAUAGUCGGCUUUUGGGGAUGAGUUCUACUCGGGGUGUUAUAACAAAAACCUUUAAUUUCUGCAUUCCACUACGCUUGGACUUGGUAGGUCUGUCUACCGAAAUUGAUUCACGUGUGCAAGUGUUGCCACAGUAGCUUAAUUAGACAAAAAUUGUGCCAUAUUUGUUGCUUCUUGAGAUUGUUGUCUUCUUAGUUCGUUCUUGCAAACCAUAUUUCUGUAUUAUGUUUCCUGGUUUAUUUCAUACAUAAUACACUUUCUGAUGCAUCACAUCCAAAAGGCAAUAACAAAAGUUGCUCAGUUCACUCAAGGAUCAUCGAAGGUUGUGCUUUAUCAACCUAGUCAAGCUCAUUCUCUUAGUUGAAUGUAUUGUUUAAAACCCAUCAUGGCCUUAAUGUGGUUUGAUGAUAAGAGCAUGCAUGUCUUCACCUGAGUUCUUACUUAAGAUUGUGCUCAAUAAAAUCUGUUAAGACCAGCGUUCAACAAUUAAGAUGUUGUGUAGAAAAGACUUGAAGUCGAUGCGCCUGCUCAAUGUUCUGUGUUAGGAUGCUAUUAGAAAAGUGAAAAACACUCACCAAUCUAAAUUCCAGAGGGGAUAAGUCGACAAGAAAAGGAUUAUAGAUCGACGUGUUAGCAAUUAAACAGGAUAAAUUAUGGACACUAACUUCUAUAAAUGGUCUUACCAAUCCAGGCUACUUCUUUUUAACAUUCCAAGAUUAGGUAGUUGUAGCUUUGUGAUAAGUGAUAAUUGUUACUCCACAUCUUAGCUCUCAUUUCAGCAAAGCAGAUUUAUGUUUAUGUUUUUUUUAAUGCAUUGUGUGAUUGAGGAGGUGAGCAAGUUUAUAAACCACUGCAAUGAGAUGAAAGUUGUGACAGUUGCUAAUAAAGAUGGUGGGCAUUUGAGUAUUGUUAAACUGCUGGCAGAUUCCUCAAGUGGCGCAAAGUAGUUGUUCCAAAUGCACGACAUAGUAAGAAUUUUGAGUUGUAGAAGAUCAAUUUCAAAAUUUAAGUGUAUCAGAUUACUAUUUUGUUAAAUCCUUGUGUUUCUACUGGGUGGUUUGAUUAGUU